AUGGCUUACUGCGCCACCCACUUGAAGUCCUCGCCGUCGUCUUCCUCCACGUCCUGGGUGACCAACAGAUGGCUUUGGCGACUCCGCAGAACCGUAUGUAGAGCCCAAAAGAAUGUGAGACAAGGUCCGGACGCAGAACCUAUAACGAGUACCAGCAGAAGCAGACAUCGCAGUCAGCGGAAUGGAUUUAUCUAUCGUAUAUUACGGUUUAAUCGGAUGCAGCCCCUUAAUAUGUCCUUUAGUAACGUUGGAUACCGACUGAAUCCUUGCAUACCCAUGGCCGACACUUAGAUGCAAAACCUUGACGCCUGCAAGUUGAUUAACGUCCACGAUACGUCGAGCAUGAAGACAGAGGUGGGACUUGGAACUUACCAGCCCUUGGCUAGCUCGCCCACUAGUUAUUCUUUGGAUCUUGAGUGGGAGCAUGAGUCGCAGCUGAGACAGUAUCAGUUGCGCCCUACGCCGCAAAAGCCACUCUGCGCGUCGCUAGAUCAACUGCCAGUAUCUACCGCGAUGGCUAAAAUUUAAGGACGACUUGCGGCUCGGCAAGCAAGGUUCAGCUGCCACCGCCACGAGGGCUCACUCCCGCGGAACUCAUGCUGCUCAUCCGCGCAUAUUUCUUGGUCCCACAUAUCUACCCCGGAGUCGCUUGAAUGGGACGCUGAUGAAGAACAGGGACAGCAACGGCAGCUUCGGCUGGGGGACGACAAUCUUGACAAUAGAACCCUUAAGCUACUGCAUCAGAUAGAACAGUUAAAUCACAACGUUUUGCAGGAGACAGGAAGCGGACUGCGUACGGGAUGGGGGCUGUAGAGGGGACCGAGGUCUUUCAGUUUGGCGAUACGCAAUUUGUCUUGAUCAAAAGAAAUUAAAUUCCACCUAAUACGUGGAUAUAUAGUAAUCUGAUAUGUAAUGCUGCUAAGAUAUCCCCUGAAAAUGCA